UCAUGAAGUUAGCAUGGAACACUUGAACACACAUGAAAAUAGCAGCACAGCUACAGCAGGGUGUGACAAUCCAAAGAAUAAUGGACAAUGUUCGUGAUACUAUCUCAUCUGGUAUUACAAGGGAGCACCUGCGCGAGACCAACAUCGUCGUAAUCAUGGCUGAAGAGUUUCUUCGCGACCAUCCCAGACUAAGAUCGUUUGUUCUCUCGGAUGUCCAGUUAACUGGUACAGAACUCGGUAGCGGAGCCUAUGGCAAAGUGGAGGAAAUAGUUGUUCCGUUGUGUGCAGCCGCCAAAACCAUCCACCCCUUUCUGCAGGAAGCCAAAGCCUCAACUGAGUUUGUGAGAGAAUGCCAGCUGAUGAGCUCCCUCAGUCACCCAAACAUUGUUAAAUUUCUAGGAGUCGCCUUCUUUCCUGGGUCUCGACUGCCCGCCCUCGUCAUGGAGCGACUUUUAACGAGCCUUCACGACCUGCUGGACCCAGACCCAGACCCAUCCCCCUUAUCUAACCCUACACCCGUCUCCAUGGCUCUCAAGUGUUCCAUACUGCAUAAUGUAGCAUGCGGCCUGGCGUACCUACACGGGCGAUUGCCGCCCAUCAUUCACCGCGACUUGUCGGCCCGAAACGUUCUUCUAGACUUUGAUAUGGUGGGGAAAAUAACUGAUCUUGGAGUAGCUCGUACUGUGCCUCGUUUGAUGGUUGCGGCCACCAUGACAAAGGGGCCAGGAGCGUCAGUCUACAUGCCUCCAGAAGCUUCUGCACCUGCUGCAUCUAACACGCAAAUGUCAAAAUAUGACGCAAGUAUCGACGUCUUUUCUUUUGGUGUCGUCACUAUUUUCACUAUUGGUGAAAAAUUCCCAUGUGACCCUCUUCCACAUACAUAUGCAGAUGAGAAGACAGGCCUGCUGCAAGCUCGCACUGAACUUCAGCGGCGCAGUAACUACAUGCGAUAUGUUAACAAUCAACUACGUGCCUUUCACCAGCUCUAUGCGAAACACCCUCUGAUAUUGCUAAUCCAGCAAUGCCUGCAAAAUUUCCCAUCGAAAAGGCCAGAUAUUCGUGAAGUGUUGUGCCUGUUGGAGCAAGCAAGAGGUUGCUUCAAUCAAGAAGAGUGUGAGAGAAACAAACUUGAAGUCUUACAAUCCAUUCAGAGUCAGCCGAGGGACCAGAAUUUGGCAUGUGUUCUACAAGACUUGAAGACAGUAAAUGCAGACCUCCAGGCUUAUGUGCAAGCAAAGGAGAGAGAGCUAGCCCAGGCUCACCAGCAACUGAUACUAAAGGAAGAAAGACUGCAAAUAAGUGAAAGGGAGAGGCAGGAUAUGGAUAGAGAGCUAGCUGAUGUGAACCACAAACUCACACAGAAGGUAUGCAUAGAGUUGGUGUUUGGUUCUUUUAGUGCUAUUGGAGGUUGUAAGUGUAGGAGGAAGAAUUAAUUGGAAAGCAAGUGCAACUAACACAAACAGAAGCAGAGUUAACAAGAGCACAGGAGAUCCUCAAGAGACAACAGCAAGAAAUGGAGGAAAUGAUGUCUCCUGCUUCCUAUGUGAGCCGGGUUAGUGGACCUGGUUUAAUAUCUGCCACAGUCAACAAGCCGACACACCUGUUCGUUAAAUUGACACAGUCUAGUGGUAGAGCAUGUACACUGCAAGUCGAUGUCACCGCACAACUGGACUUUGUCUCACAAGACAGAGUCGCAGGAAAAUCAAGUGUGCGUCAUAAAAUCGACAUACCGGUAGUGAUGAAAUCUCCCUCCCAGUAUGAGAUGUCAUAUACUGCACAAAGUCGAGGUCAACGCAAAAUCCAUGUUCACGUGAACAACAUUGAAAUCGAUGGCAGUCCCUUUACUGUGACUGUAUACCCAGACCCUAGUCAUUUAGGUCGGCCUGUGAAGAUUGUGACGGGAUUAACUAAACCUUUUGGCAUUGCUUUCAAUAAUCAGCAGUGUAUGAUUGUUAGCGAAUUGGGUGGUCAUCAGUUAACUCUCUUUGACACUAGAGGACACAAGAUUAUGACAUUUGGAACGUAUGGUGGCAAUCCAGAACAGAUGAUAUACCCUACAGGUGUAGUAACUGAUAGGUCAGACAAUGUAUAUGUGAGCAGUGAGCACAAGCUACAGAAGUUUAAUAGCAGUGGAGUUUUCAUUAAAGGUACUGGUCAAAUGGGGAAGAGAGAAGGGGAGUUUUACGAUCCAUGUGGAGCAACACUCUACAACAAUACACUCUACGUGUGUGAUGCACAUAAUCAUCGCAUCCAGGUUUUUGACCUUGAUUUAAACUUUGUCCGUUCCAUUGGCACGUAUGGCAAUGGGAGUGGUCAGUUUGACAAGCCUCUCGAUGUUAAAUUUGACAUUGCUGGGAACAUGUACGUUGCUGAUUUUGGCAAUGAGAGACUUCAAGUUAUGGAUGCCGAUGGUAAUUUCAUAAGCGCAUUUGGUCAGGAAGGAGAGGGAAAACUACGUGGACCAUCUGCUGUACAUAUUGCUGACAUGUAUGUUUAUGUGUCUGAUUGGAGAGGUGAUUGCAUUAAUGUGUACGAGACCUCAGGUAAUUUCAUCACCUCAUUUGGAAAGCAUGGCGAGAAGGAGGGGGAUUUUCGUGCUCCUUAUUGCAUCACUUCUUGUGCUGAUGGCUAUAUUUAUGUAUGUGAUAAUGGAAACUAUAGAGUUCAAAUAUUCUAGUUUUAUCUUACAGCUCCAAGUUUGUUUUUUGUAUAUAAUAAAAGUUUUGUGCAGACAAUAGAUAGUGCGGUUCAAUGUUAUUAUUUCAGAUUCAGAUCUUGACCCCAUUCCUUUUGUGGAUAGCAAUAGCCAUACUGAAGUAACAAAAGUCUGCUGGCUUGAUAUAAAAUUGUGUGUGUGUUUGUGAUUG